GAAUCAGUGAUGAAAAUAAAUCAGAAGCAUAACAAUGAUAGUAAUAAUAAUAAUAAUAAUAAUAAUAAUAAUAAUAAUAAUAAUAAUAGAAAAUAAUAAGAAUAGGAACAAAAAUAUAAGAAUUCCACGAAGGAACUAAAAAAAAACCGAGCAUAUGUGAGAAGCUAUCAUCAUCAUCAUCAUCAUCACCAUCAUCAUGAUUAUUAUUAGGUGUGCCGAUUAAGGGAGUGAGCGAGUGAGGAAACGAGGGAGAGAAGGACUAAGAAAAGAAAAUAGGGCCAAUUUCACCAGCAGCAGGAGGUGGUGGUGCGGUCUCAAUGCAAAGUACAAUCCUACGCAGGAUUCCAGGACACUAAAAGAAGGUGAACGGAAGGAUGAAAGAAGCGAAGGGAGCAGUGUUACCAGACCUGUGAACGCACCUCCUCGUCACCCUGCAGUUGAAAUUGUGAUUAACCAGAUAGAGACGGGGAGAUGGCGUCUGCCCUCCUAGCGUGCAUAACAGCUGGCUGCAUCUUAAUUACAGCAGCGGUGAGCGGGGCCGGGGGGCGGGAGUGCGAGCAGAAACAGGGCCAGGAACGGGAGUAGGAGUGGGAGCAGAAACAGAGAUCAACACGGGAAUGGGAAGCAGCAGAACCACCACCACCAACACACACACCAACACCAGACCCAGCAGCAGCACCGCCAGGAGAACCAGCACCAGAACCAGGAUCAAACUCGGGACGGGGCUGAGUGGGGGCGGGUCGCGGAACAAAAAGAUGAGUUAUCUGGACAAGACGGUACAAAUCACGGAGUUACUGGUGCCGCGCUCGCCUCGUGCUGGCCGUGACGUGACUCUCUCCUGCCGCUUUCGUCUUGGCGGACCUGACCAUCGCCUCUACACGGUCAACUGGUGGCGUGACCGGGACCAGUUCUAUAGCUACAAGGACAACAAUUUCGAGCCCAAGCAAGCCUACACCUUCCGCGGCAUUCACGUUAAGUUGGAGGAGUCGACGGCGGAGACAGUAGUGCUGGAGGGCGUGACGGAGGAGACAUCUGGUGUGUUCAAGUGCGAAGUGAUGGGCGAGGGUCCCUCCUUCAGGACAGCCACUGACACCAAGAGGAUGACAGUCGUAGUUCCGCCCCAGCAGCUAAGGAUUGAGUACCAGAGCCGCACGCAGCUGCCCAGGUACCGUUUGGGCCAGACGGUGUACCUUAACUGCACCGCGCGGGGAGCCAAGCCCAGAGCCACCUUGCAAUGGGAGGUCAACGGAACACCGGUGCGGGAGACCAGUCUGUACCGUUACCCCGACACGCGUGAGAAGAGCGGGCGGGUCACUUCCACGCUGGGCCUCAGGUGGCGCUCCCCGGACACCUUUCGCGACCCCUUGGCGCGUGUCACCUGCCGCGCCACCGUCCCGGGGGGCCACGUCACCUCAGAGUCCCAGGUGAUCUAUCUGGACACCGCCUCCAGCGUCACCUACCACCACCGCUACUCUUCAGAAGGCGCUCGUCCCCACCCGCCCUGGACAACAGUCUCCGUGGCGGUGCUGUCCUUUGCACGGACUAUCUCGCUCUAGGGAUCCUCGCUACUCAAAUCCACCCCGUAAACACCCACCCUCAGGAGGCGCCACACUUGCUCCUAAUAAGAAUAAUGAAGCUAAUAGAUCAUAGUGCUGUAAAAAAUAAAUAAAUAAAUAAAAUAAAAAAAUAAAAAAUAAAUAAAAAUAAAAAAUAAUAUUAAGUACUACACUUAAUUACACAAACAAACUGUACACAGGUAGAUUAUAAGUUCAUAAAUCAAGAAUAUCAGUGAAGAAAACGGUGUGUGUGUGCGUACGUGCGUGUGUGUGUGUGUGUGUGUGUGUGUGUGUGUGUGUGUGUGUGUGUGUGUGUGUGUGUGUGUGUGUGUGUGUGUGUGUCUCCCCGUGGCAAGGUUUGUGAAUAUUGAGAGAUAAGAGAAGAAUUGGAAAAGGACACGCCAAUAAAUAUAAGCAAGCGAAAAUAGGAAAACAAGGAGUAAGAAUAAUGGAAGGAGCGGCCAGCAGGAAAACCAAUACUGCCUAAAACCCGAGAAAGGCGGAAUGGGUAACCAAAAUAAAAAUGAAGAAAAAUCGUGAAUGGAAAAAAAAAGAAAAAAGAAGAAGAAGAGAUGCUACGGAUGAAUGCCAUAAAAUAAAAUACUCUCGCCUAAAAUGGUUUGCAAAAAUAAAGAAAAAAGAAGAGAGAAAAUAAUACGAAAUGCAAGCACCACAAUACUGUAACUCCGCCAUUCCAUAUUUAGAUUUUAAAAACAAAGUAAAACCAACAGAAAAAUACGUGAAAAAUGAAGGAUGAAAUAUAAAAGAAAUUAUAAAUAACAAAAGGAUGCGUUAAAAAGAAAAUGGAAUCCGGUUUGUGAAAAGGUUAAGCGCCACCUUCAUCACCGCCACUACCACCACCACCGCCACCACCACCAUCACCGUAACCACCAUCAUCAGUAUAACCUCUUCUGCCGCUGCCACCGCCACCAACACCACCACUACCACCACCACCACCAGUCACAACAACAGUAACAACACCAACGACAACAUCAGCCUUCACCACCACUACAGCUCAAGCACCACCACCAUCACAAACGCAUGUUCCUUCCAGCCUCCUCAGCACAAAUACAAAACAAUCAUUAUCAUUAUUUCUUUACCCGCAUCAUAAUUGUCAUUUACAACCACCACGAUCACCACCAUCAUCAUCAUCAUCAUCAUCAUCAUCAUCAUCAUCAUUAUCAUCACACUCGCAUUCGGUCAUGAAAAAACAAAAAUGGGAACGAUUCUAAUGUUUUAUGUUUUUUUCUUAAUAUUUUGUUGAUCCUAAACUUAAAACAAAAUAGUAGAAUCUAAACCUAUAAAUGUUAAUUUAAAUGAAUAGUUAUUUUUUCUUUGCUGAUAAUAU